CUCCUGGAGAGGGUCAUGUUGGGAGGUAUGUUUCCGGGACCCAGCUGACCAUACAACUGCGGCAAGUGGGCAGCCGCUAGUUGCAGCAAGGAUCAGCUAUCACCAACUGGUGAAUCACCUGGACUGCAGGGCUGGUCGGGCUCUCUGGGACUCGUUUGACUACUAAGCAGCAGCGGGUUAAAACAUGUCGGAGCUGGUUGGUCAUAAUCAACCCUUGGAAGCAGCCAAGACGUUGCCCAAAAGUGAUGCGAGUCUCUUGCAGGCAAGAUUUGCACAGCUUCCAGUAUUGGACCAGAAGAUCUUUGAUUAUGGAAGCAUCUUCAUUGGUGCAAAUACAGCAGCUAGUGGUUUGGUGGCUCACAAUUUAUUUGGCAAAUUACUUCAAGUCAGACCGAGCUUCAUCGUGCCCUCAUUGGUGGUGGCCAGCAUCCCGUUCUUCCAGAGCAAGAUCUUCUAUGAGCUAUUUAUACCCAAUUCUCUCAUGGCCGGUAAAGUAAGGUCUCCCUUACAUAACACAGUGGGUGUAUUAGUCGGAACUGUCUUGGGCAGUAUGACUGCGGUUACACUUGCUGCUGCCAUCAACACAGGCUACUUAGUCAAGUACGACACAAAGCCUUUGCAAGACAGCGUCUUCAGUUUCACGAUUAGGAUUUUCAGACCAGUGCUUCUGAAGAUGAAAUAUCUAUUUCUAUUUCAAGCUAUAUUCAGCCUGGGUCUCGGCUAUACGCAUUGUGCCAUAUAUGAAAAGAUGCUCCUGCUGCCUCCUUCCGAAAUACAUACUGAGGAACAGUGGAGAUAAACAACGUGUCUGGCUUCUAAAGAAAGUUUCUGUAUAAUAAAAUGCACUGUUUGUACAA